AUGGAGUUACCCAAAAAGAGAGAAAGUUUGAAAAAAAUGGCUCUGAUAGAAUUGAAAGAAACACUGGAACGCGAAGAAAAUUUGCUCAAAAAUAUAAGGCUUAUCAAUAAGUUGAAGGACAAAGGGGAAUCUAUCAGACAAUUUCGAGAUCAGGUUAAAAAUGAAAUAGAAUAUAGAAAAGGUUUAGAUGAUAUUCAGAGUUCCAUUGGAAAACUGUCUAUCAGUGAUCAAGAAACACAUGCUCAAAAACUGUGUGAAUUUGAAAAGAGCCCAGCUAAAGAAAGAUACAAACCAUUUUCAACAUUGAACAAAACUAUGAAAAUUAACCCAGACAGCAAGAUUUACAAGAUAGUAGAAGACUGUAAACCUUAUGUUAAACCAACAAAACUAAUUCCUCUGCCAGAAUCUAUGGAUAUCUUGAAGAAACAAGAAGAUCGAGUGAAAGAGGAGAUGGUGAAAAUACAUUUCAAUAGAUUACUUAUACAAGAAGGUGAAGAUGAUUGCAGUAGUAGUGAUUCAGAAAAGUCAACAGAGCCAGAUGAAAAUGAGUAA